UGCCUCCAAUUGGAAGCAAAAGUCACGCUGCUCAUUCGGUGCAAACGACCAUAGAUAACCUAGGACUCACGCUGCAGAGGCUCGAGCAUGAACCGAGCCAUGUCCGCGCGGUAGCAAACAGCGGUGGGGAUGAUUAAAUAGUCAAAUAAAAACUCGGCAGCGUGACACGAGCACGGAUAAGAGACAGAGAGAAACGAAUGACGGAAGUGUUGGGGUUAAAGAAGACUUCAAACCUUUAGGACCAUCUCUUUUUAUCCUAGUGGCGAGUCAUUUUCAUGCAGCUGAGCGCAAGCCGAGCCGCAGCCACGCACCAUCCGGCGGAAUGUCUGGCGUGUGGAAGUAAGGAAUGCAAGUCGUUGUAGGGACCUAUGUGCAGUCAGCAACUCCGUGUGUCGUUUUGUCGGGGGUGCGGUGGAGCGCUCCAUCGAUGCACUUUAUCCCACUGAACGAACGAGCACGCAGCUCCGGAUAUGGGAAAUGUAAACACUGGAACUGAGUUUUGAGACGCUUGAGCGCGCACUUGUCCUCAUCUGGAACAGUCAAGAUGGACCGCGACGAAAUGGACCAGGAGGACGGAUUGGACGGGCCAAUCCAUGGACCUCAUCGGGUCAGGCCCUCCUCCUACCGGGCCCUUCGGAGCGCUGUGUCCAGUCUGGCCAGGAUAGACGACUUUUUCUGUGAGAAAAUCGGCUCGGGAUUUUUCUCCGAAGUGUUCAAGGUGCAGCACAGGACGAGUGGCCAAGUGAUGGCGCUGAAAAUGAACACCAUGGCCUCCAACAGAGCCAACAUGCUGAAGGAGGUGCAGCUCAUGAACCGCCUCUGCCACCCCAACAUCCUCAGGUUUGUGGGAGUGUGUGUUCAUGAGGGCCAUCUGCACGCUCUGACUGAGUACAUUAACGGGGGGAACUUGGAGCAGCUGUUGGACAGUGAGAUCGUCUUGCUGUGGGCAACAAGGAUCAGCCUUUCACUGGACAUCAGCAGAGGUUUGCAGUACUUGCACAGUAAAGGAAUCUUCCAUAGGGAUCUGACGUCAAAGAACUGCUUGGUGCGCUGGGAGGCUGGCGUGUGCACUGCUGUGGUAGGGGACUUUGGUCUGGCUGAGAAGAUUCCGGACUGCAGUGACGGCUCUAACAGACAGGCGCUGGCGAUAGUGGGCUCCCCCUACUGGAUGGCGCCAGAAGUGCUGCGUGGAGAGCCAUACAACGAGAAGGUGGAUGUCUUUGCAUUUGGAAUCAUUCUCUGUGAGAUCAUUGGUCGAAUCAUGGCUGAUCCAGACUUCUUGCCUCGCACUGAGGACUUUGGGCUGGAUGUGGCGGCGUUUGAGCUCAUGGUGGGGGACUGCCCCCCGGCCUUCCUGGCACUGGCCGUUGUCUGCUGCAGUAUGGAUGCUACAAGUCGUCCCUCCUUCGCAGAGAUGGUGUGUAAGCUGGAAGAGAUGCAGGGGGAGGGGGAGGCCCAGGAUGAGCUGCCUGAAAAAGAGGCCUCUUCUGAUGUCAUUGUGGAAAAGAGGCGGCCCCUAUGUUUCCCUGGUGACCCCCACCUGUCCCACAGCCAAUCUGACAUGCUGUCCCUGACCACACCCCUCCGACAGGCCCAACCCUCUCCGCAGACCACACCCCCAACCCGGGUCAACCCCUUCUCUCAGAGAGAGGACCUGAAGGGGGGGCGGAUCAAGCUCUUUGACACGCCCAGCAAGUCUGUCAUCUCGUUGACCUUUGAUCUUCCCCCUCUCCCUGACCCUUCCGACCCCACCCACUGUGCGCGAGGUUCCCCGCGGGUCCACAGACGCACCCAGUCGCUGCCUUGCAACCCCCUGCUCAACUUCCUACCCAACGGGGUGCCGACACGCCCCACCAAGAACGAAACCGGCGCUCCGAACGAAAACGUUACGGACCAGUCGUCCAACCAAAGUGAGACGGACACGCUGAUCGAAAGCACCGUUCACGUCUUACCUCACAAAGCUGAUGCUUCAGACCGAGCAGAGCCUGAGAGGCGAUCUCCGCUCGGACACGUGAGGAAAGAGGCAGACUCUGAAUAUCCCGCUGUUUAUAUCGUUCCCCAUGGGAUGGAGGCCGACGACUGGCACGCUCACGACAGCGCUCUGGACAUGUACUCUGAGAGCAUGGUGCUGAUGCUAACUAGCACCGCUGCAGACGCACGUCACACGGCUGCCAUGGACCAAUCGCAGGAGGUUGUGAGUGGCGGGGAGACGCUGACUCAUGCAGUGGAGAAGGUGGACACAGCCAGCCCAGGGUGCAUAGGGAAGCGAGACGGAGAGGGGAAGGAAGGGAUGAGGGCACAGGCCGCGGUGGACGACUCUGGCCUGGAGUUGACCUCCCUAGAACCAGUGGAGGAGGAGGAGGAGGAGAGGAAGAGGUGAUAGGGAUGUCUGGGGAGCCCAUGGACUGCAGGGCCUCCCCUGAUCCACUAGAGGGCACUGCUGGCACACAGUUGCACCUGGACUGUAGUACUCCAUCCAAAACAACAGGGGACCCUGGGAAUCGGUCUCCGAAGGACUGCAGUACUACCUUAAAAACACUAGAGGGUGCGAAAAGACAUUUAAAUCUAGAUGGUAAAAUUCCGUUCAGGCCACUGGAUGGUACAGUGGAGUCUCUCUCAAAUGGCUGGAGUUCCCCCAUCUCCAAUAUUCCCCCUUCUUUAGAAACUCAUGACAACAACAACAGCCCAAUCACCCGGCCUCUGGGCUGGGGAGGCGGGGUCAAUGGCUACCAUCCCGCCCCCACAAGCACCGCACCAACUCCAUUCGAUAGCCCCUCCCCAGAGUACGAUGAGGUCAUUUCCUGUCCCGGUUGCUGCCUUGCUGGUCUGAGAUUGCCGUCGCUCUGUAUCCGCACAUCCAGAUCCCACUCUGCCCCAACCUAUAAGAAUCUCAGCGGAGACUCCACAGCCAAUCAGGGACUGAUGUAUCAGGCUCCGCCCACAAGUAAACACCCACCUCUGAAUGCCCAGAAGAAUGUGUGAGGGUGGAAU